GCACUAUACUGUUGGGACCUACAUGUAAAACCCAUUGCACAUGACGUCGCUUGGUUCGAUCACGACCAUGGAACCCCGCAUGUCGUCGUCUGCCGUGGCGCCGUACACCGCAGCGUGUUCGCCGUGGUGGCCAUCUUCGUCGGUCAAUGCAGUCGAAUCCACUUCGUCGUCCGCCCACGUGCCAAGCAUCGGCACGUCGUUGUCGCCACCUUCUAUGGUUGGGUGGCUCGAUUGCAGCGAUGCGCAGAUGUCCAUGUCGUAGCGGAAUGGCUUGUCUUGAUGCGGGUGGCAGUGCGGCGGCGGGUCGACGCGGGAACGAUGGCCGAGUGAAAUCACGUCGACUGCGCCAUGAGCCGGCAGUUGGCGUCGCGAGUGUUUGGCCAUCGACGUCAUGCCGCGAUAACUCAUUGCUACACCAGGUUCAAUCGACGACGCGCUCGUGCGUGCGAUGGAAGAGUUCAUCUUUGCGCGCUGCUGCCUUCGCCUGGACACGACGAGAAUUGCACCCACGAUGGAAAAGCCGACGACGGCACCGAUGCCGAUACCGAGCAAGAUGGGCACGACCUUGGAUGGUGGCGAUGGGGGCGUCACCGCAGCCGUCGUAGCCAUGGCACCCACGGACUGUGCAUAAGCUAGCGCUGGCGUAGCAACGACUACCGCGGCCGCGACCACCGCGCCGCUUUCCAUGCGUG